GUUCAGCUCGAGAGUCUGAAACAAUUGACGACUCAGUCUCUGAUUGCAACGACCAUCACAAGCGUCACUUUGACCAAUCACGCACUGAAGUACUUAUUCCAAAGUCUAGCGGAAGGCAUUGGCGAUAAGGAUGAGCGCAAGGUGGGUAUCUCCACAAAACUGCUGAACCAGCAUAUUGUUAUGCGUGGUUCGGUGCGGUUCGACUGGGAUGAGACGAGCAAGCGCGUGAUCGGGUUGUUUACUCACACGGAUAUGCUGACGCCAAUGGUGGAACUUGUGGGCAACCUGGAGGACGUUUCACUUGUUUUCAAUGGUGCUCUCGUCGCACCAGACGGAAGAUUCAACGUAGAGAAAGCAACUCAGCAUCAGUGAAAUAAAUAUGUGUAUUUGUUUGGAU